AUGGAUGUGUUGGGACUGCGGAUCCCAGGAUCAGAUAUGCAGCGUUGCAACUCUCAGGAGCAGCGCCGAUUAGAGCAGGCGGCAAGCAGAAAUGGAUUUAUUGUUUUAAAAGAGCAGAAGAAGCCCGAGCUGCUGAACCUUAAUCCUCCGCCUCCUCUCCCGCUCAGGUUUGUUGCCCAGAACACGAUGCGUCUGCAGAAACUCGGAGUGACGCACGUCCUGAAUGUGGCCGAGGGCACCUCCUUCAUGCACGUCAACACAAGUGCGGAGUUCUACGCCGGCACGGGCAUCACGUACCACGGCAUCCAGGCCAACGACACCGAGCAGUUCAACCUCAGUGCCUUCUUUGAGGAGGGCGCUGAUUUUAUCGACAAAGCACUAGCACACAACAACAGCAAAGGUAAGGUGUACGUCCACUGCAGAGAAGGCUACAGCCGCUCCCCCACCAUGGUCGUGGCCUACCUCAUGCUGCGCCACAGGAUGGCAGCCCGGCUGGCGGUGGCCACCGUGAGAAACAAGAGAGAGAUCGGACCCAACGACGGCUUCCUUCGCCAGCUGUGCCAGCUGAACGAGAAGCUGGCGAAGGAAGGCAAGCUGAACGGGGAGGUGGGCAAGCUGAAGUCCAAAUAAGAGCGGGGGCCAGGGACCUUCUGCCCCCGCCUUUCAGGGGCUCCAGCUGCUGCGGGAAAAGCCGACCCCAUCCCGACCAAACCAGCACCCAUUCGGCACAUCAGGGGUAUUCCGAAACAUGCAUGCAUUUAUCCAGCGAAUACCUUUUCCAGUUCAUGUGCACACACUUGGUAUCUGUCUAAUCUUCAUUCCACAAAAGUCACCGUUCUUCAGAGUGUGAUCUCCAACACAACCACCCCCCCCCCUCCCCAGCUCUUUUUAUAACUCUACAACCUGCAGAUUUUGCUGCGUAUCUGUUUGCCAAGCUCAAAGUGUGUGUAACAGAGUUUGAGCGCAGCCACUUAUAAGCAUUCCUUCUAGUCCCACAAGUUAAGAAGGUGAAACUUGUCCCGUUUUUAAAAAUUUCCUUACCGAUUUGUAUGAAGUAGAAGAUGAUAGCACAAUCAUUCCAGAGUUUUCCACUGCCGGAAUGUCAGUGACGUUACCGCCAACUCCGUAAAAUUCCAGACAAACUCCUCAAUCUUAGGUGGAAGUUGAUGGUCGCACACGAUGCAACACGGCAGCGGCAUGAGCAGACGGAGGACAAUCCCAAACAUUCCAUAAAUUCCCACAUUCAGCCCCUAAAACUCCAAAUCCUUCCCAUCCUGCCUGCGGGGGCAGAUGUUUAAUGCACAAACAGACUUCCUCACACUCCGACACCCAAAUGUGAGCUGUGGGCCUGCACAGAGCCUCAGUUCAGGCCUCCGGUUUGACAGUGAGAGAACGCAAAUGUGUUUAAUGGUCAAACAAUUAGUUUCCAAAACUGUCCUUUAGAAUUGGUCAUUUUUACUAAUUCUAAUGAUAAAAAUCUGCUUUGAUGAAGAUUGGAUAAAUCGUUUUAUUUAUGCCAAGUAGUGCUUUUGAUCCAUCCAGUUUAGAAGAUCUGAGGGGAUUUGAUAGGGAUCAAUAUAAAGAGAAUAGGAGAAUUUAUGCCUUAAUAAAUCAGAAAAAGAGAGUAAAAGUUGGAUUUUCUUGUUCUGUUGGUAGAUUCUUUAGCAUCCUUUACUUUUUUUUUUUGCCUUUGAUCUGUAGAAAACUUUAGUGCCAAACAGAGGUGCUCCAUGGUGUCCUCUGCUGAGCUGUAACGUUAGCUGGCUGCAAACAACUAUUGAUUUCUGGACUCAGAUGGAGCCAAUUGUAACAUUUUCCAUUUGAAGAAUACAGUAACACGAUAAAGCAAUAACAUAAACAGAUUGCGUCAUGUUGUAGCACCCAUAUUUUUGGCUAUGUUUCGGAAAAAGAAGGAAAGAAGACUCAUCUCCCCUUUUUGUUUGCACUUCUGUUGCUUUGUACUUUUAAUCAAUUACUUUUAUGGAUUUUUCUUGAGUUGUUUUUUAACAUUAACCCACCUAAAUGUCUUUAUGUGUGAUUGAAAUGUAACUUCACCUUUAAAAGGCCCCAUAACAAACAUGCCAAUGGGUUUGAACGGGUUUGUUAGAGGUGAAGCAGUGUUCACGGAGGGGGGGUUGUGUUAAAAAACAGACGUCAAACUGGAGGCCUGUACUGCGGACCGCCACCCGCCUACACCAGAAAGCUCCAGUCAUCACGCCAGAGAGUUGUCCACUGCCAAUUCCCUGACUCAGCCAUUCGGCCAGUAUUCAAUACCACUGUUUCAUCAACAGACUUUGUCAGAGGUCCACACACACACACACACA